UGAUUUUGCAUUUCCGGGAGGAGAACUGUUUUGUUUACUAACAGUUCUCCUCCCUGUCAGCUCGGGUACACUGCUCUGGAUAGCUGUGGACAGCAUAGCCAUCCAGAGCAGUGUGAUUACAGUGAAGCACACAGACACCGCCCUCUAGUAAAACACUCCCUGCACACAGUUAACCCUUUGAUCGCCCCUUAUGUUAACCCUUUCUUGCUCAGUGCCAUUAGUACAGUGUCAGUGCUUUUUUUUAGCACCGAUCACUGUAUUGGUGUCACUGGGGAUGUCAGUGACACCAAAUCAGUUCCCGUCAGCGUCAGAAUGUCUGCUGCAGUCUCGCUAU